AUUACAGCCGGAGUUCGCGUUGUACUGCUUGAGUUGCUUGCCGUGGUCCGGAUGUUGUUGUUCCGACAAGGAGCUGCGGGGAAACUCUCGGGGCCGAGGUUUCUGCUACCGCUUUCGCUUUGUGUAGUCUAUAGUUUCAGCUAAGACAGAAUAGUAUUUUGUUCACAGUUAUUUUCGCAUUGAAAUUCACAAGUCGGGCAGGAUGGAAGACUUUGACGAGAUAUACGAGGAAGAGGAGGACGAAGACAGGGCCGCCGAGGAGCAGCUGCUGAAGUACUCGCCGGACCCGGUGGUGGUGCGCGGAUCCGGCCACGUCACUGUGUUUGGGCUCAGCAACAAGUUUGAGUCAGAAUUUCCAUCAUCGCUGACUGGAAAAGUGGCGCCAGAGGAGUUUAAAGCUAGCAUCAGCAGGGUGAACAGCUGCCUGAGGAAGACGCUGCCAGUCAAUGUUCGCUGGCUGAUCUGUGGCUGUUUGUGCUGCUGCUGCUCGCUGGGGCUCAGUAUGUGGCCGGUCAUCUGUCUCAGCAAGAGGACCCGACGGUCCAUAGAGAAGUUGCUGGAGUGGGAAAACAGCAGGCUGUACCACAAGCUUUGUCUGCAUUGGAAACUGAGCCAGAGGAAAUGUGAGACCAACAACAUGAUGGAAUAUGUCAUACUCAUAGAAUUUCUACCCAAGACUCCCAUCCUACGGCCAGACUAGCUAUGCAUUGAGCAUUGGCCUCCUCUUUCAUAGGUGCCUUGUGUGGUGCUCUCCUGGUGGCUCUGGAAUCACUGCGCAGGAUCAGUCUGGACUUUGGAUUUUCAUUUUUUAUUAAAUCUUUAUUUGUGACGCUUUUGUCACACCUCUCCAUCCUGUGUUAUUGCCUCUGGCUCUACCCGCUGAGCUGAAGUCAUGUGUGCGCCGAUGGUGCAGGAGGGUGGUGGUGGGGGGGGGGGCGUCUCCUCGGAACUAACAGAAGGAACUUUGAAACUCCAUGUUCAUCUUCUGAGCCAUUUCUGCCGAUGGCUUUCUGUAUAAAACCUUCAGACAACAAGGUUUGUAUCUUCAGUGACCUAAAAGUCAGAUGGUUGGAGUCUGACCUGAGUUGCUAUGGACACAAAGGCUUGGAUUCUCUGCAGUAGAAACGUGUUGUGGUUUGGACUUUUGCCUACUAACUAGGACCUGAACCAGGGUACUUUGAACCCACUUUAUUGAGGAAACCUACCCUGGACAAUUUGGAUCCUAUUGUUCCCAGCACCAAGAACCUGAACCAGGAACCUAGAGGCUCAGGAUCAGCAGAUUCUUUGGAAACCCCUGUUAUUCCUGUGUUUUUUUUUCUUUUCUGUUGAACGGGUGGUAGAUGUUAGUAGUGCAACCUUUUGCUGUUUGUGUGUGGAAAUCACUGCUAUACACAUUUCCACCCCUCUGGGAAAGAGUCUCUUGAGGGCAGCUGUUUGCCUUACCGACCUUGGGACCCCGUCCGCCUGACCUAUCAACAUGACAUUGAGAGGCUGAUCAGCUCUGAUCUGAGCUAGAGGGGCUUUGGAGGCCAUUUGGACUGUUUAACUGCAUUGAACCUGGUCUUGGCCAAGACAUUUACUCUCUGUGUGUCUGAAAUAGGAUUUUGAAUCGUCAGAAGAAUAUGCACAUUUGCCUUUUGAGCAAGUAUAUAGGCAAAAGCAGCCAUUUUCAUUCUGUAUCAGCAUUGGUUUCUUCCUUUGCCCAGUUAUAAAAUGUUUUUUUUUUUAAUUUAACGUGAAAGAAUAUUUUUGUAUCCCUCAGGUGAGGCUGGAAUGUUGUGUUUUACAUGGUGGUUCAGCAAUUGUAAUGCUCAAUCCACAGCCUGCAUGGCUGAAAGCACAGAACUCAUUUAUCCUGUUGGUUUUGAUUUUAUGGAUUCAGAAGUUAAGAACACGAAGGGCAGGAUUACUGAACCGAAGCAGUGUUUAGUAUUUAAUAAAUGAAUUUGAAUUCUGAA